GCGGCAGCGGGCUGGCGCGAGGCUGCAGCUGGAGCUCCGGUGCCGGGACUUGGAGUUGCCAGGAGUUUCCCCGACCCCUCCCUCCUCGCCGCGCGGCAGCUGGAGCCCGCGCGGGAGCGGCAAGCAACGAGCAGCCAGCAGUCGAGCCGGGCCAGCCUGGUCCUCAGGCCAGGUCUCCGCGCGGGGCAGUCGCGGGGGAGCAGUGUCUCCGGUUGGGACGCGUGCCGCGCACUAGGCACCGCCCGAGCACUAGCCGGGCUGCACGAAAACUCCCUGCGUGCCCUCGUCGGUUUCUCUACAAUGAGUGCCAAAUCUGCCAUCAGCAAGGAAAUUUUCGCACCUCUCGAUGAAAGAAUGCUGGGCGCUGUCCAAGUCAAGAGGAGGACAAAGAAAAAGAUUCCUUUCCUGGCGACUGGCGGUCAAGGAGAAUAUUUAACUUAUAUCUGCCUGUCAGUGACAAACAAGAAACCCACACAGGCAUCCAUCACAAAGGUCAAACAGUUUGAGGGCUCCACAUCCUUCGUCCGAAGAUCCCAGUGGAUGCUCGAGCAGCUUCGCCAGGUUAAUGGCAUCGAUCCUAACCGGGAUUCUGCAGAGUUUGACUUGUUGUUUGAAAAUGCCUUUGACCAGUGGGUUGCUAGCACAGCUUCGGAAAAGUGCACCUUCUUCCAGAUCCUCCACCAUACCUGCCAGAGGUACCUCACAGACAGGAAGCCAGAGUUUAUUAACUGCCAAUCCAAAAUUAUGGGAGGAAACAGCAUCCUCCAUUCAGCGGCUGACAGUGUGACCAGUGCAGUACAGAAGGCAAGCCAGGCCUUGAAUGAGCGUGGGGAGCGGUUAGGCCGAGCCGAGGAGAAGACAGAGGACAUGAAGAACAGUGCCCAGCAGUUUGCAGAAACCGCACACAAGCUUGCCAUGAAGCACAAGUGUUGAGAAGCUGCCUCUCCUGGUGAACCUCUAGAGAAAAUGGAAGAGUUUGCUCAGCCGUGAUUACAAGAAUUCCAGACUGCUGCUUCUUUCUUUUUGUUGUUGUUGUUCUUUUGUCUGUUUAUUUGUUUUCUCCAGUAUCUGGACAUUGAGUGGUUUGGCUUUUCAUCUUCAGAUGUUAAUAUGGAUGAAAAUGUGUUGUGUUCAUACAUUUCACUAUCUUGCUAAGAAACGCUGCAAUAGCAUCAACUUCAUCUUUAUUUUUCCAUUUAGUGUGUGUGUGCGUGCGCGUGUAUGUGUGUAUUUUCCUUUUGAAGGAAAUUUUUUUGUAGUUUGAAUAUAAAAUUCAGACUAAAUGAUAAACCAGGUCUAAACUAGCAAAAAAAAAAUUUUUUUUUCUUUUCACCCUUGGAAACUAAGCAAGAAAACAGUUGAAUAUGCUGGCAUCAGAUGAUGGUCCUAGGUAAAAUUAAAAGUCAAGCAGUGGAUUCACUUACAUUCCUGGCUCUCUUCAUCUGAAGAGCAAAAUUAAAAUUCAGUAUCCUGGGAUUUAAGUCUGUGCUGCAGAAAACACGCUUAUCAGGAAGAGGAGCGGCAUUGGGUUUGCUCUUCAUUGCAUCUUAUCAAACACGCUUAUCAGGAAGAGGAGCGGCAUUGGGUUUGCUCUUCAUUGCAACUUCAUCUUUUUGCAUGAGCCAUCACUAGCAUUCACAAAACAAGUCGGAACCACAAAUAGAAAUCUACUUUCUGGGCUGAAGCAUAAACAUUUCCUCUCCUUCUUUUCCAGUCUGAUUAGUAGGAAUUUUCACACGAAGGGUAAAAAUUUGGGUGCACAGACCUUUACGAAAAACCCCACUUUAAAAGCUCCAUGUCUUAUGGAUGUUUCUCUCUUUUGUCAUUCUCUCAAAUUAUAGUAGCUGACUUGGGGGGGUGGUUAUAUUUCUACAAAAAAAAAAAAACAAUGUAUCUAGGCUCAGUGAGGUAGCACAGUAGAUGAGAUGUUUAUACCAUAAACCUGGUGACUGGAUGCCACAGAGUUGACCUCUGACAUCCAUACAUGUGUCGUGACACACCUUAUAAAACACAUACACAAAGACAAUAAUAAUAAUAAAUAAAUAACUUGUCUAGAUAAAAGUCUGUGUAAAUCAUAAUGUGAAAAGAUGCUACUUUUUUCUCUCCUUUUGCAAAGUUAUGCCCAACGUGAGAGGUACUCUCACAGCAGCCUUCGGAAAGGACCCCAAAUUUCUUGGUAUCUGGGUUUUGGAGGUUUGGAUAUUGGUUUUGUGUUUGGUUUAUUUUGUGUCGUUUAACAUGUGCUUCGUGCCAGAUUGCAUAUGUGUCCAUUUGAAUCUGCCUGUUCUGGUCCAGACAGCAUGGCUAUCAGCCUUUGUGUUGCUGUCAGAAUGAACAGAAUCUCUUCCGUACCUUUGGAUUCGAUGUUGCUCAGGAUUUACUGCACAUAGACUGUGGACGUUCUGUAUUCUGGAGGAUUAAAAACUAAAUAUAUAUAUAAAAAAACAAUCUGUGCUUGUUCCUCAUAAAGCAAUGAGGCAAGCAACACAUGUCAGACACUCACUGCAAUGCAUGGAGUUUUCAGCUGCCUGGGUCUUAGGGCCCGUUCGUUCUUUUGUAUCCACCUGUUUGUGUGUGAUGUAGCCUCUGAGGCAGCAGCAUACGAUGAUUUUAGGUUACUAAUGUGAUUUAAAUAGUGUAAGUUCUGCUAAUAACACAUCCCAGGGAAAGAGCACAUGGUUCAUGGAAUGUCACAGGUAUGAGGUCAGGGGGAUGGAAUUUGCGACAAAUUAAUCUUCUCGGGCAGAUAGUCCAGUUGAAGAACAUACUGGAAAAAUGUCUACUGUGGUCUAGGAAUGUUUACUAUACCUUAUACUUUUCUUUAGGUGUCUUAACAUUCUAAAGCCGGGAACAUGCAAUCCACUGACUACUGGAACUAUCUGAUUUCUAAAACGAUAAAAAUAAAAAGCCCCAACAUAUCACUCCAGAUAGGUUUCAUCUGCAGACUUUAGCUCAGAAAACACACAUACUCAUCUUCCAAAACUGGAUUCUCGUUUCAGAGAGUUAGCGUACAUAGUUGAGAGAGGUGGUCUUACUUUUCCCACACCACUCAAGAACAAAACUCGUGGUCUGCUUUGGGGCAGCUGAUUCAGAAGGGGCAGAGGGUGGGCCAUAUGCAUACUGUGAAAGCUGAAUCUUCCUCCUCAGCCUAAUUCUUUUCUCUUCGUGUAAGUGCCCUUCCCUGCCCUCCUUCCGUUCUUCCUGUGGAUCACGCUAGGCCCAAGUCUUGUUAGAAACAGCCUGAACUGGAAGAGAAGCUCACCGGGAGUUACGUUAGCUGCCUCUACUGAUCAGUCAGCAUCCAGGCCUUCACCAUGGUCUUCACCUGCUUGUCCUCCACCAGAGGCGGGUCUGUCACAGCUGUUGCUGCCCCUCUUCAACUGUCAGCCGUCCAGCCUCAUGUGGAGAAGCCCCCGACAGCACAUGUGAAAUUCUCGCUACCCUUUCGUAGCAGGUGCUGCAAUAGCAAAACUAUCAGUCUUACCCACUGAAAUUUGUUCAAGGGACUCCUGUCAUCUGGGCCCAACCCAUUUGGUUGAGCUUGCUGGAAGAUUUACAGUGCUUAUUAGAUUUCUGCUUUUCACAGUGAAUAUGGAAAUGCAGUCUUUCUCUGAAGGACUUUGGACAUCACACUGACGACGCAUAGAGAAAAGGAGCUGUCCAGUGUUUCCCCUUCCUCCUGGAGUGCAGCGGUUGAGUUCUUCACUGGAGUGGUCAGAUCUCUAUGUACAGGAGCUAUGCAGUUAUUCAGGUUGAUGUUUCAUCUUAAAGAAUGUAUUUGUAAAAUGUAACAAGAUCAGUAGUUCACUUUUUUUAAGGUCCGAUAAAAGUAAGCUUACUUGUUAGACUUAAAAUUGUAGUGAAAUCUGUCUUAUCCCAUUGUGAGUAGAAAAAGGUUAUGCAUUUCUGUAGAAACAUUUACAGAGUUCCCUAGAUAAAAGAAACUAGUUGAGAUAGGUUUCACCCCUAACUUUCAGAAUUGUGAUGCUGUUAACGUGUGUUCUUGGUUCCUCAGAAAUUCUCUCUGACAUUGAGCCCCCUUUGCAUUUCAUUCGGAUACAAGUAACAGCUGUUCUGUUGGUUCGCAAUUACAGCUACUCGAAUUUUGUCAUUAAAUAUUUUAACU